UAGGUUAGCUCUCCCCAUCCCUAUCACGAGAGCGAAGGAAUAAGAUUAAUCUGCUCUGCUAGUUUGCGGUUGCGAGAUCACCGCUUGCAUUGUCUCGUAAAGUAACUGGCGUCCGCAGCUGGCGUCUGGCUGUCGAAAGGUCCGCAUUCAUGGGCUCUGCAGCUGCUGGAUGGCUGGAUAUUACAGCCGUCGGAUGCAAGGAUCUGACGGACACGGAGCUCUACGGGUGGCAGGACCCGUACGUGGUGCUGCAGUACGGCUCGCAGUGCAAGCGCACAGCCACUCAUAAAGACGGCCACACGGCCCCUCAGUGGAACGAGACUGUGCGCAUCAACUACCAGCCCAACGUGUUUGACCUGUCUGUGGGUGUGUGGAACGAGAACCGUCUCAAGCAAGACGCUGCUAUUGGCUACUGCGUGGUGAGCAUCAGCCGAGCUCUUGAUGCAGGCGUUUCUGACACGUGGCAUCCUCUUUACACGCAAAAGCAAGUGAGGAAGGGCAGCAUUCGCCUUAUCAUCAAAUACCACCCGAAUCCCCAGUACAAGCAACUGGGAGCCACUCCCCUGCCGGACCUAGUAGCUGCACCAGCCGUUACACCAUCACCACCAGCAGCACCAGCAGCAGAAACAGCAGCAGCAGCAGUAGCAGCCGCCGCAUUUAGUGCAAAUAGAAGCAGCAGCAAAAGCAAUGCAGCUUCAGCAGGGUCCCUCCCACGCUCAGAUCUCUCCAUGGCCCUUCACGGCAUCGAUGCAUCUGCAGCUGGUAACCACAACACUGCAGCUGGUAACUAUAACACUGCAGCAGGUGCUGCUAGUGAUAGGGAGAGUGGGACUUCGACUGCUGAUCCAGCCAGUAGCGCAGCCGCUACCACCAGGAGCGAUGCAGGUACUGGGUCCCUCCCUCGCUCCGCUCUCUCCAUGGCCCUUCACAGCAUCACUGACAACGAUAAUGGUAGUGACAAAGGCAAUGGCACAGAGCAGCCGAGCAACGAAAACGCAUCCUCUUCUCCAUCCUCUUCGUCCUCCUCCCGCCGCCCUGCCUCCCUCCCUCGCUCGAAUCUAUCCAUGCAGCUCGAUGCUAUAGAGCGUAUGCUGGCUGUAGCAACCAUCACACCGGACUCUGGCUCAUUCGGCUCUGCUACAGGUGCUGGAGCUGGUGCUGUUGGUGCGGCAGGGGUGGGGUUGGCGGGAGCAGGAGUGAAGGCAAAGGACGAGGUACCUGGGUGGCAGAUAGGGAGAGCCACUUGGGAGCAGGAAUCAGGAGAGGAUGAGAAUGCUUUGCCUGUUGCCCUCGGGGGUGCACUGGGUGGGAAUGCGGGGGUGCCGCUGGAUACAGUUGGGGAGGAGGCGUUAGCUGCUGCCAGGCUGUCUCAGCGGAUUGAUGAGAUCUACAAGAUGCUUGCUGCUGAGUGCGAAGGGGGGGGUUCAGGUGUGGCUGGUUCUUCAGGUGAAUUUGAAAAAGCACCUGGUGAUAGCAGAGGAGCACCUGGUGGCAGCGGAGAAGCGCCUGGUUCCUCCAGUGGUGUAGCUGAUAAAACACCUGAUGAUAGCAGAGCAGCACCUGAGGGCAACAGAGGCAAACCUGAUGGUGCCAGCCCAGGUGAUGCUGCUGAAUCUGCUGCUGCCGCUGCUGCUUCGAAGGCUUUUUAUUCUUCUUCCAAAGUCAUUACUCACAACACCGCCAGUAGUACCCCCACCACCACCGGCACCAGCUCUACCACCACCAACAGCAGCAGCAGCAGCAAGCAGGUUGGACGGUCCAGAUUACGCCCCACGGUUUCCCAGAAGCAGCUGGUUACCAUCAAACAGAUCCUGGCUGAAGCAGGCAGAUUGCCGGCCAAUCACAGCACUGACAGCGUGGCAGCAGAAGCUGCCAAAGGAGAGAUCUCAGCAGCUAAAGCUGUGUUUGACAAACAGCAGCAAGGGGGGCCGGCUUGGCCGGAGGGACGGGCGGAGGAAAGGGAAGAGGGAGGGCGAAGGGGCGGGCAGGGGCAGGGUUGGGCUGAUACCAUUGUGGAAGGAGAGGAAGGAGAGGAAGGAGAGGAAAGAAAGGAGGGAGAGGAGGGAGGAAAGGCGGGAGGAUUGUCUGGUAGGGUAGGAAGCGGUGGGGCUUCAAGAGGAGAGUCACGAGGAGGGUCGGGAGGAGGUUUGGGAGGAGGUUCGGGAGGAAUACAUAGGGGAGGUUCAGGUGGGCUUUCAGGGGGGUUGGCAGGGGCGGUGUCAAGCAUGCAGGGGGCGGUUACAGGGGCAAUGGCAGGUGUUAUGUCAGGUGCUGUUUCAGGUGGUGGUGGUGUGCUCACUGGCAUGAUGGGCAUGGUUGCAGGCACUGUUACAGGAGCAGUCGACAAGGUGUUAUCAGGAGAAGCAGAAAGCAUGAUGCGGCAUGCGCUUGAUGCAGCCAAAGUGCCUCUGGUUAAAGGAGGGAUGGGUGGGGGAGUAGGGGGGAUGGGUGCCCUUGGAAAUACCCCACAAGUACAGUGUUUGCCUCCCAAUGCUCCAUAUCCUGCUCCUGCUGCUCCUCACCCUCUCGCUCCCCCUUUGGCCUAUACGCCUUCCUAUCUCGCCCACACACCGUUCCAGCAUGAGUCUGUCGAUGCAAUCAACCAAUUCCAUUCCACACCCGCCUCUUACUCCUCCCAUUCCCCCUCCUCGGCCUGCUCCUCCUCCACCUCCGCCCCCUCAUACCCUUCCCUCUCUUCGUCGUCGUCUUCUUCUUCUUCCUCCCCCUCCACCUUCUCAUACCCUACUCCCCCGUCCUGGUCCUCCCCCCAUCCCUCCUCUUCCUACCCUCACCCCUCCGUCUCAUACCCUUCUCCCUCCUCCACUCCCUCCCCGUCCACUCUCUCCUCCGACCCUCAGCAUUCCAGCAGGGGUGUCUAUCCCUCCAUCCCCUCCUCCCCCUCUCCCUCCUCUUCUACCAUCCCCUCUGCUCUAUCUUCCGAUGUUUUCCACUCUGAUAGUAGCCAUCACCCCUCUAACCCCUCAUCCUUCUCUUCCGCCUACCCCCCUUCUGAAUCUUCUCAAUCGGUCGAAUCUGACGGCUCAGAUCACUCCUCCACCCACCCUCCCUCCUCGCACCCUCCUAAGUACUCCUACACUCACGCCCCUCCUGCGGCAUACCCUCCCCCUCCACCCACCCAUUCCGCCCCUAACACUUCAACACCCCACCCAUAUCCUUCCAACCCUGCACCUCCUAACCCUUAUCCCUCCUCCCCUGGCCCAAAUCCUUACCCCUAUCCUCCAUCCCCAUAUCCCUAUCCUUACCCUCCCCCACCUCAGUACAACUCAACCCCUCAGUACAACUACCCUCCCCAAGCACCCCCAGGGCAAUAUCCAGGCUACCCCCCUCCUCCUAAUGCUGCUCCUUAUUACCCCUAUGCUGCACCGCAAGGGCCUACACCCUAUCCUCCUUAUGGACAGGCUGGUGCACAGUACCCCACUCCCUGGGGUUAUCCAGCCCCACCCGCUCCUUAUGACCGCAGAGGUGGUUAUGGUGAUGGCAGCAGCAAUCGCAACCAUGGAGAUGGUAACCGCAAAACGUCGCCUGUUUCAUUCGAUCGUCAUAGUAGCGGUGGGAGUAGUGGCUCACAUCGUAAGGACGAACGCAGGUACAAGGAAAGCAAGUCUCACCACAAGUAUAAAGAAGAUCGAUGCAAGAAGGAUCGUUGUGACUGCAAACACUACGAAAAGUGCUCCCACAAGGAGUACAAAUUCAAAGGCAAAGACCGCUAUGAUAAAAAGUGGAAGUAGCUAUUGUAUGUUGGUACUUGCGUCAUGGAAAGUUGCGCUCGUUUCGUUUAGCCCUCAUAGAAAUGUAUUCCCCCUGGUGAAGCUAACCU